ACAGUCUGUCCCCACCCCUCAGCUGGGCUGUGAAAAGCUCUGUCUCCCAGCCGUUCUCAGAAGCCCUCCUGCGAGGCCCUGAAGAUGAGCCAGCUCUGUCUCUCUGCAGCCCUCCUCCUCCUCCUGGGCGCCCUGGUGGCCAGCAUCCCAGGGUAUGAAGAGAGUGGCCUGGUCCGAGCCCAGCGGCCUGCCUUCUGCCUGGAGCCUCCCUACACGGGGCCCUGCAAGGCUCGGAAAAUCAGAUUCUUUUAUGAUGCCGAGUCCGGGGUCUGCAAGACCUUCAUCUACGGAGGCUGCCGUGCGCGGCAGAACAACUUCCUGAGCUAUAGUAAUUGCAUGAGGACGUGCGGUUCCUCGCGGGACUUCUGGUAAUCAGUGAAAUGUCGUCCCCCGAGAGGCUGAAGAUUGAGGACCCCCACCCUCGGCUGGGCUGGGGUUGCAUCUGAACCAGUCCAGCCUCCCCUGCUCCCUUCUCAGCCCCACCUUCCUCAUCAGACUCCUGCCUCUGUCCUUCCGCCCAUGGGUCUAUGUGUUUGAGCUGCGUGUCAUCCAGGCAGCUCUAAGCACCAUGAGAGCGAGGCUUCCCUUUACCCCGAGCACCGAGCACUGUCCCUGGCUCAAAGGAGACGGUCCAUGAUUCUUAGAGAAAUGAAGGAAGGAAUGCAGGAGCCCAGCUCCUCACAACUCGAUCGGCCAUGGAGUCUGUGGCUGGAAGGCAGGACUCCUGUUCCAGCCUCAUCCUCACUGCACUCUCUCCUUCAUUCCUCACCCAAAGGUCACGGCUCUCCUUGCCUAAAGCAGCGAUGGAAUUUCUGGCAGCCAGUUCUCAGCAUUGAUGGCAGGAGAUGCGUUUUCACUUUCCCCCACAAUGAUAUCACAGUCCCCCUGCCUUACAUUUAAAUAAAAGCAUAUACAAAUCA